UGGAACUGUCUUCUUUCUCUGUGCAAAAAACCCUCAUUCGUUCAGCUUUUUGCUCACCCAUGGCGAUGGCCACUUCAAGGCGCGGUUUGUCAACCCUCUUCUUUCGAUCCCUUAACGCGACAUCAUCCACGCCAUCCUCUCUUUCCACUCCUUCUCGUUCUCGUUUCCUUUACGCUCUUCUCGACAAACAUCUCCAGCUCUUUCCUGCUGGGGCGGCGAUUCCAGCUCGAUUCAACUCCUCCGGCUCAGGAUACUCUCCUCUCAACGACUCCUCGCCGAACUGGAGCAAUCGUCCUCCCAAAGAGACAAUUCUUCUCGACGGCUGCGACUACGAACACUGGCUCAUAGUCAUGGAGUUCCCUACUGAUCCCAAACCUACCGAGGAGGAAAUGAUCAAUUCCUAUGUCAAAAUCCUAGCUGAGGUUGUCGGAAGUGAAGAAGAGGCGAAGAAGAAGAUAUACUCUGUUUGCACAACCACUUAUACUGGAUUUGGUGCUUUAAUAUCCGAGGAGCUUUCCUUUAAAGUGAAAGGAUUGCCUGGUGUAUUAUGGGUUCUGCCUGAUUCUUAUCUGGAUGUGCCUAACAAAGACUAUGGAGGGGAUUUGUUUGUAGAUGGUAAAGUCAUCCAUAGGCCACAAUAUUGGUACGAUGGGAGGCAACAAACCAGAAAUAGGCCUCGUCCACGGUAUGACAGGCGUCGAGAGACUGUACAAGUUCAAAGGCGGGGAGAGCCAGCCGAAAGAUUGGGAUGGCCCCAGAAUCAAUCUACCCAGCAAUCUUCAUCGUCAAACCAGAAUGAAUCUCAAGUUGUUGGAGGAGCUCCUCCUAUAAAUCAAAGGGGUUUUGAUGGUAAUAACUCAUGAUAAUGGUGUUUAACUCUAACUUUGAAACAAAGUGAAUCUUUUUGUUAAAUUUCUUCGGUUUAUUAUGUUGUGUAGUUUUUUGCCUUGC